AUGGCACCUAUACGAUCACGAAAGCGCAAGUCAGACGUGUCCAUGACCAGUCCGGCGGUUGAGCGACACGCUCCAAUGAAGAUGGGGACACCACCACAGAGAAGCCCCAUUCGAAGAAAACUGGGCAUUUCAGUUGCGCAAAAGCAAGCGCUCGUCGACAAUCUGCAACUAGAACUCACGGAGAGGGCGAGAAGGUUACGGGCGCAAUACAAUGUCCAGGCACAGCAGUUGCGGUCGCGAGUUGAGAUGCGCGUCAAUAGGAUUCCCACGUCGCUGAGGAGGGCCAAGAUGGGAGACCUGCUUGCAAAGCACACCGAGCCCUCGCAGCAGCAACAAUCACGCGCACCUCGAUCUCCCUUCGUUGCGCGACCUCCACCCGUGCCAGCUAAAGAUGGCACGUCGCCCAAGCCAAUUCCUCGGAAGGUGGUACCUGCGGCGCGUCCAAAGAAUAUCCACAAACGCUCAAGUGACGACAUCACCGGUGCCAAUGACAAAGAGAACUCAGUUGAGCCCGUCGGUCAACCUAAGAAGAGGCUACGUGCCGGUCCUACCGGGACUGACACGACGCGUUCUCAGCCUGCACACGUUCUCUCUCCCGCAUCAACCAACGUCCGAAUCACGCAUCGUACCGCGGACCGCCCCCCUUCUCCCACGAAAUCCAUGAUCGCCCGCCCCGUGUCUCCGAUCAAGACUAAGAGUUCCGGAAACAUCCUGUCGAACAUGGUCGAGAAAGCCAAGGGGACGCGUGGUGCAGCCGCGACACGGAAAGUGACGGCUUCCUCCACGGCGAGCUUAAAUGCUGGAGGUAUGGUAUCAAAGGCGCGGAAGCCGCCUGUUCCUACGCCUGCUGCUGCUGGAACCACUGCGGCCACCCGCGGAAGGAGGAAGUUGAGUGCUACGAGUGAGUCGAGCGAGACGAGUUCAGGGACAGUUGUCAGGAAGGCCGGGACGACAAAGGCAUUUACGGUGAAGGCAGCUCCGACGGCUAAGCGGACAGUGAUGGGCACGAUAAAAUCGGCCACUUCAAAGCGGGCCCCGGCGUUGAAAGCUCCCGCAGCACCUGCAAAUCCAGGGAGGACAUUGAGGAAGAGACAGGCUUAG